GUGAUAGUCCAUGCCCCUUGAGCGGGGGGGGGGUCUCUGUUCCCCUUACCCGGGUGAUGCUGAUGGCUCCAGGGCUAUUUUUAACCCCCUCAUUGCUGAGUUGCCUUGGAUGGGGGUGUCAGGGGUGAGCAGAGCUGCGCUCCUGCCACAGCUUUCAUCUCCCUCCUGAAGGGCUUGAAUUUCCAUCCCAGCCUCAUCCCCAUGUUAAUCCCAGCCCUUGGCCAAUAAAGCUUUGGCUAAAUUAGGUAAAGGCACCAGUUGCCAGUGAGAGGGGCUGAGUGCUGCCAGAGCGCUGAUAGGCUGAGGGGGCCAGGGGGCAGUAGCUGGAGGCACAUCCCACAGAGGAGACACUACAAAUUGGGGUGCCAGGGGUACCACGAAGCUUCUGGGAGUUCCUGCUGCAGGAGCUGGUGAUUCUCUGGGGGUGGGAAGCUCCAUAAAUUCCCAAGAUGACGGACCAGCAGGCAGAAGCCCGUGCCUUCCUCAGCGAGGAGAUGAUUGCGGAGUUCAAAGCCGCCUUUGACAUGUUUGAUGCUGAUGGCGGUGGAGACAUCAGCACCAAGGAGCUGGGGACAGUGAUGAGAAUGCUGGGCCAGAACCCCACUAAAGAGGAGUUGGAUGCCAUCAUUGAGGAGGUGGACGAGGAUGGCAGCGGCACCAUUGACUUUGAGGAGUUCCUGGUCAUGAUGGUGCGCCAGAUGAAAGAGGAUGCCAAAGGCAAGUCUGAGGAGGAGUUGGCCAACUGCUUCCGCAUCUUUGACCGGAAUGCGGAUGGGUUCAUUGACAUUGAGGAGCUGGGUGAGAUCCUGAGAGCCACCGGGGAACCAGUCACUGAUGAGGACAUAGAGGACAUGAUGAAGGACUCAGACAAGAACAAUGACGGCCGCAUCGACUUUGAUGAGUUCCUGAAGAUGAUGGAGGGCGUGCAGUAAGAGACCAGACAUUCCUCAGGCCAGCUGCUGCGCCCAGCCCUGCUCCCCUGCUGUCCAGGGAGCAGCAGCUCCACAGCAUCUGGCCCUCAGCACUGGCUGGGACCUUGCUCUGUGCCAGGGUCCUGGUCUCAUCUCACCACUGGCGGCUGAGCUUUUCCUCCCGUCUGUCACCUGUGGCUUUGAUUUGAGCCUCGAUUAAAGAGGAAAGGCUUGA